AUGCGCCUCGCCCUCCGAACCCUCCACCACCUCACAUCGUCCGCCUUCAAGCCGUCCUCCCAGCGUCUCGUCCCGUUCCGCACCAUGGCCACCUCCGCAUCCCCGGUGCUCAAGCAGCCCGUCAAGCUCGCCUGCAUCCAGCUUGCCUCCGGCGCCGACAAGACGGCCAACCUCGCCAAUGCGCGGUCCAAGGUCCUCGAGGCCGCCAAUGCUGGCGCCAAAAUCGUCGUGCUGCCCGAGUGCUUCAACUCGCCCUACGGCUGCGACUAUUUCCCCAAGUACGCCGAGACGCUGCUGCCCUCGCCGCCGACCAAGGAGCAGUCCCCGAGCUUCCACGCCCUCGCGGCCAUCGCCUCCGAGAGCGGCGCCUACCUCAUCGGCGGCUCGAUCCCGGAGCUCGACACCAAGACGGGCAAGUUCUACAACACGAGCCUCAUCUUCUCGCCCAAGGGCGAGCUGCUCGCGAGCCACCGCAAGGUGCACCUCUUCGACAUCGACAUCCCGGGCAAGAUCACCUUCCGCGAGUCCGAGGUGCUCAGCCCCGGCGACAGCGUGACCGUCGUCGAACUGCCCGAGUACGGCAAGAUCUCGGUCGCCAUCUGCUACGACAUCCGCUUCCCGGAGCUGGCCAUGAUCGCGGCGCGCAAGGGGUGCUUCGCCCUCGUGUACCCGGGCGCGUUCAACCUGACGACGGGCCCGAUGCACUGGCGCCUGCUGGGCCAGGGGCGCGCGGUGGACAACCAGAUUUAUGUGGCCAUGUGCAGCCCCGCGCGCGACAUGGACGCGACGUACCAUGCGUGGGGGCACAGUCUCAUCAUCGACCCGAUGGCGAACGUGCUGACGGAGGCUGAGGAGGGGGAGACGACUGUUGCGUGGGAGCUGGACGGCACGAAGAUUGAGGAGGCGAGGAGGAACAUUCCUGUUAACACGCAGAGGAGGUUUGAUGUCUAUCCGGAUGCACAGGCGAAAGCGACAUACGAGGCUAUCUCUUACACCUGGGGCCGUCCUGAAUUCACAUGCGAUCUCAUCGUUGUUGACGAGACUGCGGACAAUCCGGCUUUGACCAACUGCCAACUCACCCUCAGCCGAGUACCCAUCACUCCGAAUCUUGAUGGGGCCCUUCGACGCUUCAGAGACUACUCCAGCUCUGCCCAAACUCGGCUCCUCUGGGCAGACGCUGUAUGUAUCGAUCAGGGCAACCCGAAUGAAAAAGCGCACCACAUUCCAUUAAUGUCUUCCAUUUACCGAGACGCCGCCGGGGUGCUAAUCUGGCUGGGAGAGAUAGCUCUAGGAGGCGAUGGGAAUCCGUACCGCAAAUUAUCUCCGGAGCCGGAAGACUACAUCCUCCUAGAUCACCCUUGGUUCCGCCGUCGUUGGGUCAUUCAGGAGGCUGUGCUCAAUAAAAACACCAAUGUGUUCUCUGCAAACGACGAUCGGAACUUUGAAAGCGUUUGCCAUCUGGCUUACAACAUAUUUUACAAGAAAGGCGGCGAAGCUUCGUCCACCCUAGCAAUUCGCGCCGCGUCUGUCUGGCAGAUGAACUGGAUACGGACUGUUCUCCAUGGAGACAGCUAUGGGAACAAAUCGCCUUACUAUACACAAGAGUGUAGCAUCUGCAAACUCAUGCAAUCUUUCGAUCAGUAUGACUGUGCGGACCCGAGAGAUAGAGUGUUUACUCUCGCCUCCCUGGCCGAGGAUGUAGACAUUCGAGAAGUGGACCUAGCAACUUUUCGCCAAGCCCUCGACGGUACAGCCCAUAAUGGCGCCCUACUUCACCGAGUCCGUCGGCCACAGAUAAUGGUCACUUACGAGGAGGGAGCCAGCGUCGGAGACAUCUAUACUAUGUUUGGUCGUAGUAUCGGGGAAGCAGGAAACCUACCGUGGGUGCUUGGAGAGGCGUCGGCUCGCCUCGAGUCUCUCCGCCCUGUUUUCCGAGAAGAGCGGGAUAUGGUGCCUUCUUGGGUUCCCGACUGGAGAAUUCAAAGUCGGCGGCCGAGCUUCUGGACGCAUGGGAACGAUGUACGAUACCCCAUUUGUCGCCUUGAGGGUCGGGAUAUUAGGGAGUGGACUGGCAAUGACCCCGAUCAGCCUACGUUCAGCAUCACUCUGUCGCCCGCACAAUCUCAACACACCAAGCAGCCCGUUUUUCGCAUGCAAUUGCCUCUGACCUGCAUUACUCACUCUUCCGUAGAUGCCAGGAAAGACAACUGCCAAAGCGUUGCCCCCUUCGGAGUUACAUGGCGAAGCGAAACAUUUCCGUCAUCGACCGAGUCUUGGCACGAUGUCGCGACAUGUAUCAAAAAGAUAUUCCACGAGCUCUGGGAGAUCGUCAAACUACAAGCAACAUGCGACGCACCAUAUCAAGCUAUCAAACACUCUCCUGGGUCAGUUAGAGACCAGUUGGCUGAACGAUUUUCCUACGUCCUUAUUGCCGGGAGCAUGUUGAUAGACGGUGACGAAAACGGUCCGAAAUCGACAGGCCGCCUCUGCGACUUUGCAGAGACACUCCACGAAUCUUUGAAUUUGCAGGACAUGCCUUCUUAUGCAGCAUCCUGGUGCAAUAUACAUCAACACAUGGGUGGAGACAUCGACCUACUGUACCACGGCAGCGACGCCCUCCACACUAGGCGAGACACUUCCGAACUUGUGGCGCCCGAAGUAGCAUUCCUGAUCAAGGUACUCAUACUGUCCGAUAUCGACUUUGCCUCCCAUGAAGAAUUGUAUAAAGAAUGGCAUGGAGAAUGGUAUGAAAGUUGUCAUGAAAAUUGGGAACUGCUUGUGCGCGUUAUUGCGUUUACUAUGCGGGGCCGUUGUGUUUUCGCAUGCGACGUGGAAAACACGCCUCCUAACGCAUCUCCCAUGGAUAUCCUGGGGAUUGGGUCAAACUUGCUUGACUUGGAUGACAGGAUCAUGGCAAUCCCGUUUCAUUCAGCUCAAUCAGAUUCCAACCGCAUGCGCCCCCUUUCGCUGUCGAACCUGUGGUCGCGGACGUAUCUCGUGCGUUCAGUCCCAGGGGGCGUUGAUGAGGACCUAGGCAAGGACGCUUGUGUUCCAACUUUCCAGUUAGUGGGGGAUUGCUUUCUAUCGACUGUUCGUUGGCUCUCACCGCAGCGGGGACUUAUGCCUCGUGAGUGGUUUGCAUUGGAUGACGAUAGUGCGGAGGAAGCAGCAUUGAAAGAGAAAUACCGAGCUCAUUUCUCGGAGGUUGUUGAGGACAGCGUAAUUGACUUUGUUUAG